CCACGAAAGAGAUACUGUAGACUAUUCCAAAGAUGGCCGACGAUGUCUACAGUUCUGAUGAAAAUGAGGAAAAUUACGUGUUUUACAGGGAUCGUGAGGAGUGGAAAGACGUGACCCCAGUCCCACAGGAGGAAGGACCUCACCCCGUGGUGCAGAUAGCGUACUCAGACAGAUUCAAAGACGUGUUUGAUUACUUCCGUGCUAUCCUGAAGUCUGAUGAGCGCAGUGAGCGAGCCUUCAGUCUGACCAAGGACGCCAUCGGUCUAAACGCUGCCAACUACACUGUAUGGCACUACAGAAGACUGCUGCUGCAGGACCUGAAGAAGGACCUGUGGGAGGAGAUGAAGUUUGUCAAGGAUGUCAUCGAGGACCAACCCAAGAACUACCAAGUCUGGCACCACAGGCGGGUGCUGGUAGAGUGGCUGAAGGAUGCCUCUAAAGAAUUGAAGUUCACGGAGGAGAUCCUCAACAUGGAUGCCAAGAACUACCACUGCUGGCAGCACAGACAGUGGUGCAUUAGGGAGUUUAACCUGUGGGACGGUGAGCUGGAUUUUGUGAACAACCUUCUGUGUGAAGACCUGCGGAACAACUCUGCGUGGAACCAGCGAUUUUACGUCAUCAACAACUCCACAGGAUUCACUCAGGAGGUGCUGGAGAUGGAAGUCAGUUACACACUACAGAUGAUCAAAAGAGCUCCAAACAAUGAGAGUGCCUGGAACUAUUUGAAAGGAAUCCUGAUGGCGGCAGGUGUGGAGGUGAGCUCCUACCCUAAGCUUAUGGACACGUGUCAGGAGCUACGAGCGUCGGGCGUGCACACCCCGUACCUGCUCGCCUUCCUGCUGGACUGUCAGGAGGAGAUGUUAGAAACAGGGUCGGGGGUCAAACAGGACAAUCUGGACAAGGCUGUACAGUUGUGUAAUCAGCUCGCUCAGGAGGAAGACACAAUCCGCAAGGAGUACUGGAACUACUGCAGGAGAUCCCUGCAGCUGAAAUAUGGCACCGCAGAGGGAGCAACAUAGGGGGGACAUGUCCUGUUGCUGCAGUAAAAAUACAGUAGCAUGGGUACCAUCCUGGUUAGUUUACCUCUGCUCCCACAGUUGCUACCCAGCAACUCAGAGCGAUUAUCAGAGCAGACAUGAACUAACCAGUAUGGUACCCAGGGCAGCAGUGAAAACCUGCAGCUGAAAUAUGGCACUGCAGAAGGGACAACAUAGGGAGGGGGGACAUGUCCUGCCACUGUAGUGAUAUAGUACCAUCCUGGUUAGUUUACAUCCGCUCCCACAGUCCCUACCCACAGUAGCAACUAUCAGAGCACCCGUUAACUAACUGGGAUGGUACCCAGGCUGGCAGUGAAAACCUGCAGCUGAAAUAUGGCACCACAGCAUGGGUGACUUGGGUGUUCAUGUGCUGCAGCUACAGUAGGGGGUACAUGUGCAGCUGCAUCAAAUCCUGCAGCAGCUGCUGAAGUAUGACACUGCAGCAAUAGGGGCAGAAAAGGCGUUGCCAUAUGUGCUACUACAGAUAGAACACUGCAGCAGAGGGAAGGCUAACAUGUACCAUUAGCCUCUAAAUGUGUAUUAGAUGCAGUUGCUAAAUGUGCAAACAGUGCAAUGUUGACAUUGUUUUGGGAUGUCUGUACAUGUUUGGUUUUUAAUACAGCACAAAUGUAUUGCAGCACGUAAGAUGUCAGUUAACUUUACUGAGCUGUUGACUACAUCUAUUCAACUAUUUUUGAAAUUUAGUCAAAGUAGGUCAAUGAAUUACCGGUAGCCUCAUUGAAAAGGUGUAAUAUUGCUCGUGUAGUUUGUGUCUGAUAACUGAACUCUAGUAGCUCUCAUUCCAUAGGCUCUGUGUUAUGUCAAGUUUUCUACCAAAUAAAGAAGUGAAGCAUACAAGUUCUGUGUACUUAAAAUUAGCUUUAUUUGAUGUCCAUGAGAAUAAAUAAGUUGUAAGAAGUC